CACACUCACACUUACGGAGUCCCAAAUCCAAUCACUUGUCUUAUAAAGUCAAGUAGUCAACCAUCAAAUGCUUAAGAGAUUCUGAAUCCCUCAGCUGCUCCCACUUCCAUUCAUUCUACGUAACAUAAUCACUGCAUUUGUCUUUGCUCCCAUUCACACGUUUUUCCGGGAUGCGUUUCGAUAAAACUUCUCUCUUGGGAGGGAGAAGAAAGAGGAAUGGGAACACGGAUGAUAAUUUGACAGAUCUUGAGCAUGGGGAUGCAAUACCGGCAAAGUGUGAUGCAGGGAAGCUCGUAUUAGCAACAAUUGCUCUCUUGAUUGCUUCCACUUCAAGCAUAUUGAUUCCAAAGUUUGGAGGGAGGAUAAUCGAUAUUGUCUCGGGAGAUAUCAGAACACCAAAACAGAAAACUGAAGCAUUAGCUGCAGUUAGGAACAAAUAUUUUGCACAGCUCCGCCAGCAUGGCUGUUUUCUUCUGCCAGUGAAAGGGUCAUCUUAUUCACCAGGCUAUAGGAAGAUACACAGAUCAUAA